AACACCUUUCUAACAGAUGUCAUUUUCCUCUAGCUUUCUGCAUUGCUUUCGGAUAUAGGACUUAACAUCCGCGAAGCACAUGUCUUCUCGACCACUGAUGGCUACUCCUUAGAUGUAUUUGUGGUGGAUGGAUGGCCUGUUGAGUGCAAUUAUAUUUCUUUUAUGACAGGGAUCUGUGCUGAGUCCAAAUGUUGCUGACUUUGCAAUCUUGUGGUCAGGAUACAGAUGGUUUAAAUGAAGCUAUUGAAAAAGCAAUUGCUAGAAGUGAGGGAUCAUGGUCAAGAUCUUCACAUUCUCAUUCAUCUGGAGUGAAAGCAAUAGUGGCACAAGAAAAACCUGGAAGCUGGGAAAUAGACAGGAGACUAUUGAAGAUAGGAGAGAGAAUUGCAUCUGGAUCCUGUGGAGAUUUGCACCGUGGAAUUUAUCUUGGUCAAGAUGUUGCUGUUAAGAUUCUACGAUCUGAGCAUUUGAAUGCUGCUCUAGAGGAUGAGUUUGCUCAAGAAGUGGCCAUUUUAAGAGAGGUCCAUCACAGAAAUGUUGUGCGUUUUAUUGGGGCAUGCACAAAGUCCCCACAUUUAUGCAUAGUGACAGAGUACAUGCCUGGUGGAAGUCUCUAUGAUUAUUUGCACAAGAGUCGUAAUGUCUUGAAGCUUUCUGAACUGCUAAAGUUUGCAAUUCAUGUCUGCAAAGGAAUGGAGUAUUUGCAUCAUAAUGAUAUAAUCCAUAGGGAUUUGAAGACAGCAAAUCUGCUAAUGGACACUAACAAUGUUGUAAAGGUGGCGGAUUUUGGUGUUGCUCGGUUCCAAACACAAGGGGGAGUAAUGACUGCAGAGACGGGAACCUAUAGAUGGAUGGCACCUGAGGUUAUCAAUCAUCAACCAUAUGAUCAGAAAGCAGAUGUGUUCAGUUUCGCCAUUGUUCUUUGGGAGCUGGUGACAGCCAAAGUUCCAUAUGAUACAAUGACUCCAUUACAAGCUGCCUUGGGAGUUAGACAGGGACUGAGACCAGAACUUCCUACUAACGCACACCCCAAACUGUUAGAAUUAAUGCAGAGAUGUUGGGAUGCGGUUCCUUCCAACCGGCCAGCCUUCUCUGACAUAGCAGUAGAACUUGAGUCCCUUGCCCAAGAAGUCCAGUCUCAGGAUAAUUCAGAAGCUGCAAAUGGCACAUGAGACUCUUGACUCUUAAAGAUGUGUGCAUCUCAGGAAUUUUCUGAAUUUCCAACUCUUUUUGCGACAUUCCAACCGGCUCAAUUUAGGCAUCUUGGAAUUGGAUUAGGACUUGUUUUUUUGGCGGGUUUUUCAGAUGAAUAUAGAGGAUAGUAUUGUACAAGUGAAGAAAAGAGAAGGUAAAGUGUUUGAAUAUCGUUCUGGUCUGUUGUAAACUCGUACACUUUUGUUGAGACGUGUUGUAAAAUAUUAUGUCCUUUUAACUCGGAAAUGUAUACUUUUCCACUAGAUAUCAUAUAAGAAAGUGACAUUAUGGUUAGAUGGAACGUUUGGUUUUAAUGUAAUCCCAACACUAGGUUCAGUUGUGUUGAAUAGUUGUAAAUUUCCCUCUGUAUAUUUCAUCUAUUUAGUAAUUUUGGUCUUUUCCAUUUA